AUGACUUUCAACUUAAAAGUUCUUGUAUUAAUCGUUAUCUUUUUAUUUGGUAAUAUUGUUACUUCUAUUCCAGUUGACAAUGCUGCUGUUAGAAAACAAAAUAUCAUCUUCUUAGUAUCGGAUGGUAUGGGUGCUGCUGCUGUUCAAUUGGCUAGAACUUUUAAGCAAACUCGUGAUGAUUUAGAAUUCAACGAUUUAUUAAACUUAGAUACUUCUUUAAUUGGUACAUUCAGAACUAGGUCGAAUGACUCUUAUGUUACUGAUUCUGCAGCAGCUGGUACUGCUUUAGCUACAGGUAAAAAGACUUACAAUGGUGCAAUUGGAGUCGACCCAGAAAACAAAAAACCAAUCGGUACUAUCGGUGAAGCUUUGAAACAAUUAGGUUAUACUAUUGGUAUUGUCGUUACCACUAGAGUUACUGAUGCUACACCAUCUGUUUGGUCUGCACAUGCACUCUUAAGAGGUCAAGAAGAUUUAAUUGCUGAGCAAAUGUUAGGUGUUGGACACCCAUUAGGUAGGGUUAAUGACUUGAUCUUAGGUGGUGGUAGAAAUUUCUUCACUCCACUCGACUCUGAAGGAGGUGCUAGACCAGAUAACAGAAAUUUGGUUGAAGAAGUUCAAGCUAAUGGUACUUGGACUUAUGCUGGUAACAGAGAACAAUUUGAUGCUUUACAAGGUGGUGAUAAUGUUACCUUGCCUUUACUUGGUUUAUUUGCUGACAAAGAUAUUCCAUAUAAGAUUGAUCGUGAUGAAAGUGUUUAUCCAAGUUUAUUGGAAGAGACCCAAGUUGCUUUAAAAGCUUUAGAUAAAGCAACUGAAGAAAAUGAACAAGGUUUCUUUUUGAUGAUUGAAGCCUCAAGACCAGAUCAUGCCGGUCAUGCUAAUGAUGCUCAAACCAUUGCUCGUGAAGUUUUAGAAUUUGAUGAUGUUAUUGCUGAAGUCUCUAAAUUCGUUCAAAAUUCAACUACUGACACUAUUGUUGUUUCUACUGCUGAUCAUGAAACUGGUGGUUUAUCUGUUUGGGGGACUAAACCAAGUGAUUAUCAGGCUAUUUUCAAUGCAACUCACUCAAGUGAAUUCUUGGCUGGUUCAAUUGAAGAUUUCCCUCAGAAAGAUAACGAUACUGCUUUGACUGAUUUUAUCACCAAAGAUGUUCUUCAAGAAGGUUUAGGUUUAUCUAAGUUCACUGAUGAAGAAGUUCAAAGAGUUAAGGGAAAAGUCGGUACUUCCAAACUUGCUCCAACUAUUGCUAACUUAACUAGUUCAAGAUCUAAAGUUGCUUGGGGUACUGGUGGUCAUUCCGCUGUUGACGUUGAUAUCUACUCAUUUUCGAAUUCUGAUUAUCUUAAACAAAAGGUCUUGAAUACUAAAGAUGGUUUAGCUGGAACUCAUGAAAAUACUGAUUUUUCAAACUUCAUUAGAUCGAUUGCUGGAAUUAAUUUAGAUGAAAUCACUGAUCUUAUCGCUGAUAUUAAUGUUAACACUACUCUUCCAUCUGGUAGUGAUUAA